AACCGGAAAGGUCGGUAUGGUCGUGGAAGGGGCUGUCCAGACGUUGGAAUAAUUUUCUAAGACGCCUCAGAAGGCAGGGAUGGCCGGGACGAAACGGACCACAAUGAAAAUGUUUCUUUGUCUUCUUCUCGUGGGCUUCGCCUUCGCAACGGGCGACUAUACAGAAGAAGCCGCCGUGAAGUUCGCCAAGGAACAGAACGAAUUAAGAGGCCAACUAGCCAACAUGAACACCCUCGUUUCUUGGAACUACGAGUCAAAUCUGACCGAACAUAACAAAAAGAUAAUGCUUGACACAGCAUUGGAAACUUCGAUCAAGGUGAAAAAAUACUGGGAAGAGACGAUCAAAUUCCCUUGGCAAACGUUUAAAGAUGCCGACCUAAGAAGGCAGUUCAAACAGCUGAGUUUGCUUGGGACCGCUGCUUUGUCCGAUGAAAAGAAAAAAGAGUUGAACAAACUCAUUAGCGAUAUGGGCGAAACCUACUCAAAAGCAAAAGUGUGUGACUAUAAAGACAGGACCAAAUGCGAUCUCAGCCUAGAACCAGAACUGCUUCAUGUGAUGGCGACCAGCCGGGACCCAGAAGAGCUAAAAUACUAUUGGACAGAAUGGAGAGAGGUUUCUGGAAAACAAUACAAAGACAAAUACCAAAAGAUGGUCACCCUGUUGAACGAGGCUGCAGUCCUGAACAAUUUUACAGACGCCGCUGAAUAUUGGAAGCUUGACUUCGAAUCGGAAACAUUCGACAAGGACCUCGAAGACUUGCUGAAACAGCUCGACCCCCUUUAUAAACAGCUGCACGCUUACGUUAGGAGGAAGCUUUACUUGAAAUACGGCGAAGAAGUCGUUUCCAAAAAAGGACCGAUUCCGGUACACCUUCUGGGCAACAUGUGGGCCCAGGAUUGGUCCAACGUUUUCGACAUUUUGGACCCGUUUCCAAGCUCAGAGGAGAAAAAACAAACUGAAGACCCAGUUACGUUAGAAAUGAGAAAACAAAAUUACACCGCUCUCAAAAUGUUCAAACUCGCCGAACAAUUUUUCACUUCCCUCAACCUCAGCGCGAUGCCAGAAACGUUUUGGGAAAAAUCGAUCAUCGAAAAGCCGAAAGGCGUCGAGCUAACUUGCCACGCGUCAGCAUGGGACUUCUACGAUGGCAAAGAUUUCAGAAUCAAGCAGUGCACCACAGUCGAUAAACACCAGUUCCUUGUAGUCCACCACGAGAUGGGACACAUCCAGUAUUUCCUCCAGUACAAGGAUCAACCGUACGUUUAUAGAGAAGGAGCAAAUUCAGGUUUUCACGAGGCAAUCGGUGACAUCAUGUCACUCUCUGUGGGCACGGAAAAGCACCUGGCUAAACUUGGCCUUCUAAAAUUGGAAGAAGAGAGCAAGGAGUCUAUGGUUAAAUCGCUUAUGACAGUCGCGCUUGCCAAAUUUGCAUUUCUUCCUUUCGGCUACUUGAUCGACCAAUACCGUUGGGACAUUUUCAAGGGGAAGGUCAAACCCGAAAACUACAACUGCGCUUGGUGGGACAUGAGAGUGAAAUACCAAGGCGUGGAACCGCCCGUCCAAAGAAACGAGGAGCAGUUCGACGCCGGUGCCAAAUAUCACGUCGCAAGUAACGUACCAUACGUCAGGUACUUCGUCAGCCACGUCCUUCAGUUCCAAUUCCAGGAAAGCCUUUGCAAGGCUGCAGGUGAAUUCGACCUCAAAGACGCGGCGAAGCAGUACCUCCAUCAGUGCGACAUUUACAAGAGCACUGCUGCCGGCAAUUUGCUCGGGAAAAUGUUGCGUCUCGGUAGCUCGAAACCAUGGCCCGAAGCUUUGGAAUUGGUGACCGGUACGAAAAAAAUGGACGCGUCUUCCGUUCUCAACUAUUUCAAACCUCUUUAUGAUUGGCUCGUUGAAGAGAACAAAAAGACCGACGAGUAUGUCGGAUGGCAAACACCUGAAAAAGGAGUGUGUGCUGCAGUAUAAAGCUUUGAUAUGAAAUUUCUUUGAUGUACUUCAUUUACAAUUAAAAGUUAUAAACUGAUCUUUAAUAUACAUUUUGUGAACUAUUAAAUACACAAUACUUACAUUAAUUCCUAAUGGAAUUUACAUAUA